AUGGAUCCAAACAAUUUACCCGACUGGAACACAUUUUACAACGAAUGUGUGGAGGAUUUUAUGAAUGACACGUUCGUUGAAGAUAUGAUGCAGCAGGAGAUGGAGUUCUAUCAACAACAACAACAUGCCAACACCGUUAGGCCCAAGAAAACAAGAAGAGUAAUAAAGAGAGAUCGUGAAGCUGGGAACGAGCGGUUGAUGAAGGACUACUUCUCUGAAAAUCCUGUAUACACGGAAGAGCUUUUCCGACGAAGGUUUCGAAUGCGAAAGCAUGUGUUCCUCAGAAUUGUAGAGGCCCUUGGGUCUUAUAACCCGUACUUUUUAAUGUCCGUUGAUGCAGUUGGAAGAUAA